AUGUACUCCUUCCUGCUGUGGAACAAGUCCGUGCCCCCGCUGCCGUCUGACGAAGAGCGGUCCCAGUUCCCGUUCAGAAACACCAAUUUUUUCAGCAACCUCUUAUUUUCGUGGGUCCUCCCGAUACUCAGAGUCGGCUACAGAAGAACGCUCGAGCCCCAGGACCUCUUUGCCAUCCGCCGCGGGUCGAAUCUCGACGUUGAUGUGCGUGCCAAGACUUUUCUCACUAAAUUCACCGCCCGCAAGCGCAAGGCUGAACAAAAGUAUCUCAAGAAAAAAGGCAUCCCUGACACCCCAGAUGCACGCAGAGCGCUCAUCACAGACCCUGACUUUUCGUACUCGUCGCUGUUAGUACUCGGGUCGCUUUUUGAAACCUUUAAGUGGGAGUACACCCUCAGCGUGCUGUAUAAAGUAUGCGGAGACGUAGCAAUGGGCCUCAACCCGCUGCUGCUGCGUGCGAUGAUCGCCUACGUCCACCAAAAGGCGUCCGGUGCCCCUGUCAACAACAGCGGGUACGGCUACUCGCUCGGGAUCUCAGGGCUCGUGCUGUGCACGGGCCUCUGUAUGGCGCACUAUUUCCACGACUCGGCGUUCGUGGGGUGCGAGGUCAAGGCUCUGCUGACAAAAGUGCUUCUCGACAAGUCGUUCCGACUUGACAGACGCUCGCGCACUCAGUUCACUCCGUCAGCAAUCACCUCGCUGCUCGGCACAGACCUGUCCCGGAUCGACCUGGCGGCCAGUUUUUUUGCUUACCUAAUCACGUUCCCGAUCGGCGUGGCCAUCACGCUGGUGCUGCUGUCCGUUUACAUGGGAGGGCCCGCCAUCGGUGGCGUCGGGUUUCUGAUUCUGGCCGCAUGCGGCAUCGUGUACAGUACGCGUCCCCUCAUGCGGCUGCGGCGCGGCAUCAACGUGCACACCGACGCCCGUGUCAAGGCUGUCAAAGAGGUACUCAACAGCAUGAAGAUCAUAAAGUACUACUCGUGGGAGCCGGCGUAUUUGAAGCUGGUGUCGGCAAUUAGAAGCAGGGAGAUGUCGUACAUGUUGCGAAUCCAGUUUCUGCGGAACCUUGUCACUGCUAUGGCCAUUUCUCUGCCGAGUGUGUCGUCGAUGAUUGGAUUUUUGUCUAUGUACGGCUACAAUGGGGGCAGUUUACGGAACGCUGCUAAUGUUUUUUCAUCUCUGGCACUGUUUAACAUUCUGGUUGGCCACAUUGCGCUGAUGCCACUGGCUUUGAGCUCCACUGCGGAUGCCUACGUUGCGUGCAAGCGGGUGCAGGCGUACCUGCUUUCCGCGGAGGAAGUGCCCGACAAAAAUUAUAUUUGCGUGGAGAAAGCCGCUGAGGCGGUGAGAGUGGUCGAUGCGUCCUUCUCGUGGGACGAGUGUCAUGUGCCGGAUGCGUGUGGCAAGGAGGCAGCCCCGGCGGAAAAGCAAGCGGUGUCGCUGCGGCCUUCUCUGGGUCCGCUCACGUUUUCGCUCGCACACGGCGAAUUUGUCGUGGUUACCGGCCCCAUUGGCUCAGGCAAGUCGUCGCUGCUGUGCGCGCUGAGCGGGCUGAUGCCGCGGUUGACGGGCUCUAUUACUGUUGCCGGGCAGCUUCUGCUAUGUGCCCAGCCUUGGAUCCAGAACGCUACCGUGCGUAACAACAUCAUAUUCGGCUGUGAGCCAAACAAGCAGCUCUACGCGGAAAUUGUGCGGAGCUGCGGGCUAGAGAGCGACUUCGAGAUGUUGCCUGCUGGUGAUCUCACGGAGAUCGGUGAGCGCGGCGUGAACCUGUCGGGCGGGCAGAAGGCGCGCAUCAACCUUGCGCGCGCUGUGUAUUCUGUGCUGAGCAGGAACUUCAACAUUUUGCUGCUGGACGACGUGCUGAGUGCGGUGGACGCUAAAGUGGGGCGCCACAUCAUGGACGAGUGUAUUCUCGGGUUGCUCCGCAGCCGCACACGAGUGCUCGCCACGCACCAGCUGUCGCUAAUCCAGGCCGCCGACCGAAUCAUGUUUAUGAAUCCGGACGGCUCUGUCGACGUAGACACACCGGAGCGGCUGCUGGCAAAGAACGAGCACUUUUCCAAGCUGAUGGAGUUCCAGCAGGAGGGCACCAAGCAGGAAAAGCCAGAGUCGCCCGAUAUUGCGGCUGAGGACGAGGAGGCGGAGGAGCUCAAGCUGGUGCAGAAACAAACGACGCAGCUCGAGUACGAAAGAGACCGGGGCCGUCUGAUCGAGCAGGAGCAUCGCGAAAAAGAUGCCAUCCCCAUGCACAUCGUGCUAUCAUAUUUCCGGUCUGGCUGCGGCCGGCUGGGCAUCGCCGGUAUGUUCCCGAUGAUCCUCGCCGGCAUGGCGUGCUCUACGUUCUGCAUGCUGUUCCAGAACGUGUGGCUAUCGUUCUGGUCGACGCAGAAAUUCCCCGGCCGCUCCGACGGCUUUUACAUCGGGCUGUACGUGAUGUUCGCGCUGCUGUACAUGGUGAGCACCGCGUGGCAGUUCUGCAGCGUCGUGUACGUGACGAACCACGCGUCUGAGCGUCUCAACAUCCGCGCUCUUGAGCGCGUGCUGCGUGCGCCAAUGUCCUUCUUCGACACGACGCCGAUGGGCCGCAUUCUUAAUCGGUUCACUAAGGACACCGACGUGCUGGACAACGAGAUCUCGGAACAGUUCCGCCUCAUCCUUUUCGGCUUCUCCAACAUGGUGGGCAUCUAUAUCAUGUGCAUCAUCUACAUGCCGUACUUUGCGGUGUGCGUGCCGUUCAUCUUCUUGGCGGUGUCGAUGCUGUUUUCUUUCUACCAGGCCUCUGCGCGCGAGGUGAAGCGAAUUGAGGGGGUGCAACGGUCGAUCGUCUAUGCCAACUUCGACGAGGUGCUACAGGGCAACGAGACUAUCAAGUUGUACAACCUGACGGGCAAGUUUGUGGACAAGAACAUCACGCUGAUUAAUAGAAUGAAUGAGUCGUACUUCUUGGCCAACUCGUUGCAACGGUGGCUGGCCGUGGCGUUGCACGGGUGUGCGGCCGGUAUGAACUUGCUCAUCUCGAUGCUUUGCGUGGGGCGCGCAUUCAAAAUCAGCGCCGCCAGCUCGGGACUUAUUAUUUCGUACCUCGUCAGCGUCAGCAUGCAGCUAAUCACCACAUCGCGGUCGAUGGGCCAGUUGGAGCAAAAUCUCAGCAGCGUCGAGCGGAUCGGCGAGUACGCCAUUGACCUGCCGCAGGAAGCCCCUGCAGAAAGCUCGGACCCGGCGAAAAAACCUCCCCCACAUUGGCCCGAGCACGGCCAAAUCAAGUUCUCCCACGUAAGCCUGCGGUACCGUCCAAACCUGCCGCUCGUGCUCCAGGACCUCAACCUCGAGAUUGCAGCAGCAGAGAAAAUCGGCAUUUGCGGCCGCACAGGCGCGGGAAAGUCCACAAUCAUGACGGCACUUUACCGGCUGAGUGAGCCCGAUGGAACGAUUGAGAUCGACGGCGUCAAUAUCCUCGACAUCGGCCUGCACGAGCUGCGCUCGCGGCUGUCGAUUAUCCCGCAGGACCCGGUGCUCUUCCGCGGCACGAUCCGCUUGAACCUGGACCCCUUCUCGCAGCUGUCUGACGACCUGCUGUACGACGCGCUUGUGAAAUCGGGCUGCAUUUUGGCCGAAGAGUUGCCCGAAGUAAAGCAGCAGACAGGACCAGACCUGCACAAGUUCCACCUGAACAGCGUGGUGGACGACAAUGGCGCCAACUUCUCGCUCGGCCAACGCCAGAUGCUCGCGCUCACGAGGGCCAUUGUCCGGGACUGUAAAGUGCUGAUUCUAGACGAGGCCACAUCCAGCGUCGACUACGAGACCGACGCCCGCGUGCAAGCGACGAUUGUCCGUGAGUUUUCGCACUGCACGAUUCUGUGCAUUGCGCACCGGCUCAAGACGAUCAUAAACUACGACAAGAUCCUUGUCAUGGACAAGGGCCGCGUGGCAGAGUUUGGCACACCGAUGGAGUUGUACCACGCGCACGGAAUAUUCCGCUCCAUGUGCGACAAGAGCAGGAUCGACGGCGCCGAGAUCGAGCAGGCGCAGGCUGCCAAACCCGAAUAACUGGUCCACAUUUCUAUGUAUAGUCUAUAAGUCAUAUCCGAAGAUAGUGCUUGCAUCUCUCGUAAACGUAGAAGCUGCACGCGAACAUGGGCACUAUUUUGAGGAACCCGAUCCCGAGCCCCACGUAAAAGCCUUUGAAUCCACGCUCCGCAUAAAUCAUCACUAUUGUGUGGCCGAUGGAGAAGAACUGGCCUCCCAGGUUCGCCACGCCACCAACCUGCAUUCGUCUCCGGAUCACCUCAAAUGGGUAAGCUGCCGCCUGCGCCAGCAUUCCAGCGCCACCGCCCGCGAGCAGCUGGGCCCAAAUCUUGAGCGGCUUGCGCGUGUCGAACGACGACUCCGACCUGACUUUCGUGGUCUCCAGAGUCGCGUCGUCGUCGAUAACCGUAUACGGCGCGAUAUGGGGCAGGCGGAACAGAUCAUGGAUCAUGUCGUGCGAGUAAAAGCUGACCCCCGCGUACGGAACCAUACCUAUGAUGGUUGGCACAAAUCCUCUAUAGAAGUUUGUCAUGGCCUGGAAAACGUGCACAUUGCGAUCCACGAUGCGGUGGAGCAAGCGCAAAAGUGGGGGUUUGUUUGCCAUGUAACCCCCAGUGGUGAAGCUGUAGCGCGGGUGCUCGUAGUAAAUGGUCUUGAGGAUGUGCCAUAUCUUUCCUCGCCCGUGCUGGAUCCUGCUGUGGGACGUCUCAAACGCCAAUCUCACACGAACAAGGUCUAGCGGGUACGUGAACGCCACGCUGAGCACGCCCGCAAACGAUCCCGCCAAAAGCCGUCUUCCAGCCGUCUCAUAUUCGUCCCGCGGAAUGAGAAACGUGCGGAUCUGCUCGUAACAAACAAACUUGAUUGCUGCGUAGGGGAAAAUCCGCAGCAGCGUGGCCGAGUGGCCCUGGUAUAGGCCCAUAAACCCAUCGUUGUGGUAGAUUAGCUGGAUAGCCUUGAACAUGCCCCGGAACGACCCUGCGAGAUGGCGAUAGUGCGGGUUGUUUGUUUGGAAUAGGAUCUUCACCCUGUCCAGGGGAGCUAUGAGCGUCUUGGCAGAGAUUCCUGCCACUCCCCCGGCAAUCCCACUUCGUACCACGUACUCGAGCGAGU